GCUUAAUCAGCUAUUAAGUAAUACAUCACGUGAACCCAACUCUAGGUCUUGCGCAUAGUAUCCGCCAUUCGCUACCCAAUAGUUCAUCGAUUCAUCAGUCAUUGCACACCCUUGUCGAACGCAGCGCAACAUGCUGCCGCACUAAACAAGUCUAUUUCCAAGUCUCCCACUUAAAACCCUGUUAUUAUUGCAUCCGUCGCGUCUGCAGCGCCAUUAAAGAUGUUCAAACUUAACUUACCCGCAUUCUCUAGUCCAACUUUGCGGAUGCGACAAUCCAAACCUUGCUUGAGUGUUGCGAAGACAUAUCUCGCGUGGUCUGCCUUGAAUCCGGUAUAUGCGAUGUCUUCCCAACUACUUAUUGUACUUGCGGGCCUUCAGCUGGAAGAACCGAGGACAAGAUUUUGGUGCCAGAAUUGUGAUGUGUCCAAACAGCUUGUCGCGUGGGAGGAGUUCGGGAUCGUUUCAUGCCCUCCAGUUGGCGUCUUGAUGCCCUCGCCCGCUUCUACAACGUCCCGCAAGACUUCGAUAGCUUCCGCUGGGAACAUGCUUGGUUCAGCGGGUGAUGGUUACGCUAUCAGUGGCUCUAUUUCCAAAAACCACCUCUUCUUUUUUUUUUUUUCCAAUGCCGUGCUUCACUUUCGUGUCCAGGCCUUAUCAAACUUUGCGUACAAGAACUUGACGGUCGACGCACUGGUCAAUGCCAUGGCGACUUUACGAUGCAUGUGCUCAAGUCAAUGCUAAUGUCUGCCUCGAUUGCUCCUAUAUCAAACACGCACGCAUCAAAUUCUCCUUCUCUCCGACUUUGUAGAUUGCCACCAUCAACGCUCAUAGGAAGGGUAGUAAAGUAUCAUAGCCAUAAAGAUCUGGAUAUAAUCAUAGUUCAUUGCAAGGCGAUGUUAUAC